AUGGGCUCGGAUGAGUGGGCUAGACAGAGGAAGGAUAAUCAUAAAGAAGUAGAACGCCGACGCCGCGGCAACAUCAACGAGGGAAUCAACGAGCUCGGCCGUAUCGUGCCUAAUGGUUCCGGCGAGAAAGCUAAAGGCGCUAUCCUCUCCCGCGCAGUGCAGUACAUCCACCAUCUCAAAGAGAACGAAGCACGAAACAUCGAGAAGUGGACGCUCGAGAAAUUGCUCAUGGAUCAGGCGAUGGGUGAUUUACAGGCACAGCUCGAGGAAGUGAGGAAGAUGUGGGACGAGGAGAGGACGGCGAGAAUUAAGGAUAUGGGGGAGUUGUCGAUGUUGAGGGAAAUGCUGGGGAAGUCCCAGCAGGGUACUGUGGUGGAGGGAGAGAAGAGGGAGAGGGUGGAAGACGAUGCGGAGCACGAGAAAGAGGCAGAGGAUGGUGCAGACGGUGAGGAUGGGCAGGCUAGGAAGAGGCAGAGGACGGAGUGA